AUGCUCAAACACAUUCACACCUCAUCUUCUGGUCCUCCAGCAUAUUCUACCUUCUUGUCGCUCCAGCAGCCCUCGUUGUCUGCCUGAACUCUCACCCUGGUGGUCGGGAAAUGUCAAAGAGAGGCCCGUGCCGCAGCAAGGGGGCGUUACGGGGAAAAAACAAUUGGCUUUAUUGUUAUAUUUUCACGCAUUUGGCUUUUUCCUAGUCUUAGCGCCAGAAUAAGCAUCAAAAACGAGCACCACGCCGACCGCCAAGUCCGAUGGUGUAGCAUCCGCCGUGGACUGCUGUUCGCAUCCUUCAUCUGUCUCGUCUCGUAUUGCAAUCAUUGCCAAACAUGAGAAAUGAAACAUUUGUGCACUGGGACUGGAUGCUCUUACCAGCACACCCCACUUCCGCCAUGACACCCAGCAGAGGAUUCUGGGAUUGACGCAAGCAUCACUCCCACUGAUGGCCUGGACCAGGUUUCAGCUGGCCUGCUGAAGCUAUGGGGAGCUGCUGGAGCUGUCUAUACAGAGACGCUAUCCGAGACAACCAUCUCAACAAAUUCAAGGUGACUAAUGUGGACGAUGAGGGAAAUGAGUUGGGCUCAGGAACCAUGGAGCUCACACAGACAGAGCUCAUUCUGCACACACGCAAACGUGAUGCCAUCCGGUGGCCGUACCUUUGCCUGCGUCGAUACGGUUACGAUUCCAACCUCUUCUCUUUCGAGAGUGGCCGUCGUUGUCAGACAGGACAAGGGAUCUUUGCAUUCAAGUGUUCUCGUGCAGAAGAGAUCUUCAACCUGCUGCAGGAGCUGAUGCAAUGUAACAGCAUCAAUGUGGUGGAGGAGCCCAUGAUCAUGACCCGGCCUGGGCAUGCGCCAGAGAUGGACAUGCCCCGAACUCCACAGACACCCAAUACCCCUGGAUUCCCGAUGCAGGGUUUUCCUAAUGGAUACCCAGGAUACCCAAUCAGUGCAGACUCAUCGCAGCCCUCUCUCACCAACGACCACAGACACAGCCUCAUGGGACUGGAUGACCAAACCCAUACAUAUGUGAAUACAGUGGGCAUGGAAACUGACCUCUCGAGCCGCCACUGUGUCCACUCCCUGCCCGAAGUGCGGCCCACCACCUACCCAGAAACCUCAACUACCACCACUAUACGUGGAGGCCCAGUCCCAGCCCAGCCCAGCAUGCACUGCUGCCCCCUGGACGACCCUCACAAAGACCCUCAGGUCUUUCUCCAGCCUGGAGCCCAGGAGGUGAAGUUCAUGUUGGGCCCGACCCCAGCACAGCGCCACCUGAUGGAAAGAGACAGAGACCGCCACGUCACUCACCCGCUUCGAGCGCCAGACGGCAGCUCUGAAACAGAAGGAGAGGAGACUCCGUCCGUACACAUGUGCAACACACACUCCUACCACCAUUGCCAUCAUCUAAUGCACCGUCACCCGAGCAUGGAGCCUUGCCCGGAAAGCCAGCUGACGUACGAGAAUAUCAACGGACUCCGAGGGGCACGUAGGCAAAGGCUGAGUCCGAGCACUGUGUCUCAAUCUCAGUCUUUGGGCUCCAGUAGCAGUAGCAGCACCACCGGUGAUUCCCGCACACACACGCAUCCGCACUCCCUCCCGCUCACGCACACGCACGCUUCCUCGCUGCCUCCGCAGGGGUACGGCUGUGACCGGGGGAUGGGGGUCGGCGGUCAUCGGCGCACCGCGUUGCUCAAUUAUGAGAACCUUCCGUCGCUCCCCCCGGUUUGGGAAUACCGUGCGCUUCAGCGUGAGGAGGAAGAGGAUCAGGAUGAAGACGAGGAUGAGGAUGAGUACGAAGAGGAAGAGGAAGAAGAAUAUGAUGAGUAUGAGUAUUCUGAAGGGCCUGCAACUCCAAACGGAUACCAUCAGGAGAGUGGCGGCGGUGGGAUUCAUCGCGAUGCCCUGCAGAACUAUGUCAACACUGAACAGCUACAGCCUCCAACACGUCUUCGUCACGCUUGCCCUCCCCACCCUCACCCACCUGAGAGGGCCAACCGGGUUUUCAACUUCGACUUCAGACGUCAGCGAGCGGGACGUGGCAGCGCCACCUGCGAGCAGCACAGCCGUCACCCGCCUCCUCCUCCCUCUCGCCAGCUCAACUACAUCCAGGUGGACCUGGAGGGUGAGCCCUCCGGUUGCUCGGGACACGGAGGAGGGGCUCCGGUACCACAGAGACCUCCUCCCCUCAAACGUGGCAUGGCUGCCGCCGCAGCGGCCCCGUCCUCCCGCCGUGGAGAAUGCUACGCCGUGAUCGACCUAAAGAAGACAGCAGCCAUGUCCAACCUACAGAAGGCUCUCCCUCGGGAUGACGGCACCUCGCGGAAGACACGCCACAACAGUACCGAUUUGCCUCUGUAGGAGGGGAAAAAGAGAGUUACAGGUACGACAGGAAUAAAAAUGAGGGAAAGUGUUGAGGAAAGAGAGAGUUUUGGUGGUAUUUUCCUCCCACCAUUAUAGUGAAGCCUCUAUUUUCUCAUUUUCUACACUCAUACCAACUGCUGCUUGAUGAAAUAGUAACUCCAUUGAGCCGAACACUGAGCAUUUUAUUUAUUUAUUUUCUCACAUUUUGCGUGGGAAGGUUGGGAGAUGAUAGUUAACUACUUAUCACCGUGGUUUUUGGUUGCGGACUGGGCUUUGGGCCAAAGAAUUGGGUUUCGAAAAAAAUACUUCAUUCAGGAAACAAUCUGCAGUGUUUCUAAGUGUCUUAAUCCUUUUUUCACUUUUGUUUUGUUUGUUUGUCAUUUAUGGUUUGUUGAUUUAAAGGGAUAGUUCACCCAAAAAUCAAAGACAGCAGCUAGAUAACUAAAAUAUUGUAUAUAUUUUGAGUGAUGUUUGAGCGAACUAUUCCUUUACUUUUCAGUAAGGCAGCAAAGUAUUUUGACACUUGAGCAGACUUGAAACCACCUUAAGUGUUUCAUUACCACAUCAUUUUAUAAUUAUCAAAACAGAUCAGAUCAAGUUUCUUCUGUAACUGAAGACAAGCUCUUCAUCAUGUUAAAGAUACUCCAGCAGUCUCUCAUUGUCUGUUUCAGUUGCCAUAUGUAGCUAUGUGGAGGCUGCAACAAGGAUGAAGAGCUAAUCGUUCAGUAUUUGAAUGCCUCUUGAUUCUCCUAUCCUCAGGAAUUGAUUCGAUCAAUUCAGUUUGCACUUAUAGUUCUCAAAUUGUAACUGAGCCUCCAGUUUUUUCACAAUUCCCCACUAAGUUAUGGCCAAAAAAAGUGCUGUUUUGAGUACUAAGAACCAGACUUCGGCCCAGCAAAACAAAUGAAAAUGGAAAUUCUGAUCCAAAAAUGAGCUUGUUUUGUUCAGUAUCUGCUCAAGCACCAUUGAUAGUCAUUUUUUAUUUAGCAAUUUUUUCUCUUUUCUUAUCAGAACACGGUCAGAUAUUGUUUUUCACUUUCCCACAAACUGAAAGGAAAGAGCAGUUUAAAGCGGAUAUUUGCAUUGAAAAAAAGUAAAUAAAUAUUUUCAAGUAAAAAAAACAAAAAAUAGUAAAAGUAGUUAAAUAGUUAAAGUAAGUAAACAGCUAUUCUCACAUCCCCAAAGUGACAAUAUACCUGAGAGUGACAAUUCUCUGUGAAUCCAAGAGUGUAUUUAUGUACAUCUAUGUUUUGUAAAGCUACGUAAAGCACCAUAUGCAUAUUCAGAGGUAAGAAUGUUAAUUAUUUUUUAUAUUUAAAAAAAAAAAUAUGCCAGGAAUCAUGAGGCAAAACAUAUUUAUUUAAUUUAGAAUUAUUUAUCUAUCUAGCUGUCUGUUAGUUUAUUUAUGAAUUAAUUUAUUGUUUCGUAUUAUUCGUACGAGUAGAUAACAUGUCGUUAGAUUUGUCGUUUUAGAGAUGCCAAAGGUGGUAUGGGAGACCACAGAAUCUACCUUGGUAUUAUUUAACGUCUUUUUUAAUCUGCAGUUUCAUGUUGAAUAAUAACUGUAUUUGUGCCAAAAAUAUAAUGAUAUCACUGAACUAUGUGCCAUUGGUAAAUGUUGACUUUUAGGGCUAACAAUCAGCAACAUGUAAAACAUAAAUGCAGCUGUUCUUUACAAUUACAUCACGAUCAGUUCAGGGCUUGAUGAUAUUUUGUCUACACAAGUACACUAAAAAAAACUAGACACGUCAGUGUAUUCCCAGUGAAAUCCCAUUGUAUCUAUCCUAAUUCGUUAAAGGUGAUGUUUUAUAGUCUAACAUUACUGCUGUUUUUCAUUGGACUUUCAUAAAUCAGCUAUUUUUAUAACACAGUUGGUGUUCUGGUUACACAUCUUUUGUUUUACAGUUUGAGCAUUUGCUUUCUUACGGUUGUUAAUUCAGCCCUAAAAUGAGUUUUGUUUCUCACCAACGAUACUGAUGUAGCUAUACAUUUCUGAAGUUAUGAAAAUUUUGCUAGGGACCUCCAAGAGCUGAGGUUUUUAUCUUGCUGGGCGUGGAUGCAGACCCAGUUUUUCAAAAUCUUACUGGCAGCCAUAUUGUUCUGAGCGCAGGGCUUUGUGGGCCGUACUUACCGUACGCAUAUUUUUAGCAAAAAGUUGACUGAUAACUUCGAAAUAUGUAACGUGAGAUGGGUUGUGCUUACUAUUUUAACUCUAUUGGAAACUAACGACAUCGCAGUAGAUUUAGAUGUUUUGCCAGAAGCCAUAAUUGAAAGAAAAUAUUUUAAGGGUCAGGUACCGGAAUCUUGUUUUUUAAGAAAAAUGUUUAGAGUGAUAAAUGUGAUUUAUUUUUUUAUCGCCGAAAUUUUCAAAUUUAAAAAAAAAAGUGGAAAGAUUAUAUGCUACAUCGUUUUGAUUUGGAGAGCCUUGCAGUUCAAUACAAUAUUGCUGCCAAAUAGUAAAUCCAAAUAAGAUCAACACAUUACACUCACAAUCACAGUUACAUACUUAUUGUACUUUAAGAAUGCGAUGAUGAACUAUUUGGACACUUUUAGACACUUUUCAGAGGAUCGAUCUAGUUUUUAACAUCUAUAUUUUGGUAUUGUGGUAUGAUAAACAUUUUGCAAUAACAGCUAAUGGAGUCAUAUCAGAAUUUGUUUGAGUUGUUCAAGAACAUGUGCUGUGAUACAAGUCACAGUUGUGUGUGCGUUCAGAAAGGACUGGAUCCACAGUGGGUUUACUGUCUUUCUCAGGCCUCAUCUUGAUAAACAUGCGCUAUAUGUGUAUUUAAACCAGGCUUGAGGAAAAAAAAAAAUAAUAAAAAUAAAAAUCUAGUCAUCUUGUCUGUAGGCGUGGGAUCAUAGAGAACUUGAUUGUGCCAUAAGUGAUUUUCGUCCACUCUUUUAAAAUAAUGUGUAGCUAUAGUGGAAAUUUAAAGGUACAGUAGCACAUACUAACUAGAAUCCUGUGUUGACUUUGAUUGCGUGGGGCCGCUUUGGAGUGUAAAUGCUUGUUUCGUUGGUUGG